CAAUUUGAAAAGGGCUAAAAUGGGGGCUAAAAUCUUGACCGAAUAAAAUUGAAUUAGAUUGCAAAUUACAAUUUAUAACAAUUUUUUGGCUGCAAUUUGCGAUUUUUUUCAAACGGCUGCAAUUUGCAAAAUAUUAAAUGCAUCAAUUUUUAUUUUUUUUUUAGGCAAUUUUUUCUUUUGGGUAAGUGAGUUAUUUUUUUAGGCAAUAUCUGAAUAUUAUCUUAUUUAAGGCAAUAUCCGAAUAUCAUCUAAUCUAAUCUACUGACAUAAAAGUACUAUAAAACAAAGUACUACCAUUGAGCCCUCACGCACAAACCAGAAAACAAAGUACUCCCGUUAAUAUCCCGAAGUCCUGAUUCCAACACGAGAGAGAAAGCUUCCUAGACUUAUUACGCUCAACAACCAUAAUCGUCUUUCUUCCCUUUCACCCGAAUCAACAGUUUGAUGGCUGAUUGGUCUACAUUGCCCUCUGAUCUGCUGUAUGGAAUUGCACUGAAAUUGAAUUCUAUUGAAGACUUUAUUCAUUUUUCCGCGGUAUGUCAUUCAUGGAAUAAUGGCUUCUCCUUGGUUAAAACCAAGUGGAUUGCAAAUAAUCUAACAACACCGUGGUUAUUGCUACCUGAGCCUAAUAAUAUAAACUCUAGUCAAGAAGAGAACCCUCGAUUUGAUGAGGGUCAUAGGAAAAUCUUGAGUAUUGGCGAAAAUAAGUGUUAUAAAUUGAAGCUACCAGAAACUUUUGGGGCACGAUGUUGGGGUUCUGCAUACGGUUGGAUAGUGAUGCUACACCUUGACAAGCGCAUUCAAUUAUUUAAUCCUGUUACUAAAGCUCAAUUAAACCUCCCAUCUCUACAAACUAUGCCAGAACAACCAAGAGAGGACGAACUUCCAGAAGAUCCCGAUGAAGCUGAUGAUUGGUUUCAAAAAACUUUUUUGCACAGGUUCAUUGUACUAAAGAUGCCUCGAAAGGACCAUGUUGAUCAGGACGAAUUUGUUGUAAUGGCCAUCUAUUGGCCUCUUGAUCACUUAGCAUAUGCUCGUCCUGGAGAUCAAGCAUGGACACCAAUAUCUACAUCAUGCACAUGUAAGCGUUAAGUUAGUGAUGUGUUCAUUUGGAAUGGAUUGGUGCUAAUUUUGUAUAUUGAUGGAGCACUAGCAUAUUGUGAUAUCAGUGGAACUAAUACUUGUAACCAUGAUGCACCUAUACCUGUCAAGGCCAAAGGUUAUCUACCCACCCCCAACCACAUCUUUGGGAACGUAGUUGAAGGGCUUGGUGAAUUAUAUAUGGUGGAGCUAGGUGGUGAGUUGGGUGUAGUUUUACGAGAAAAGCGGGAUUUAAGCCAUUCAGAAAUCGACUAUUUUACAUGUGGUUUUGAGGUCUAUAAACUUAACUACCACACUAAAUUAUGGGAAAAAGUUGAAGAAUUGGGUGAUUAUUUGUUAUUUGUUGGUAAUAACACACCCAUGUCUAUUCAUAUAUCAGAUGCUGCUAAUUGCAUCCGGAAUGCUAUAUACUUCACAGAUGAUGAAGUAGAGUUUUGGGAAAUGACAGCGACUCGUGGUCAUGAUAUGGGUGUUUUUGACAUGACAUCACGGGAAGUCAAAAGGAUUUAUGAAGGCAUUGAUACAAAUUCCAAGUGUUCUCCUCCUAUAUGGUUUUGGCCCAAGUUUUAGCUCUAUUCCUUGUAUACAUUGUGUACACUAAGUUUUUAUUCAUUUACCUUGAUUGUGUUGUAUGAUGUUGAAUGAUUUGGAGAGAAAAAUUCAGAAAUUCAGCCUGUGAGAGAAGAAGCUUGUAAGUUUUUAACUUAGUAUCCAUGAAUCAACAAAUUCAAGGCACAUAACUUGUUAUGAUAAUAUGCUAUUGUUCAAUAUAAUGGAUUUAAAUCAUGUCGAA